GUCGAAUUUUUGUUGCAUUUUAUUGUGAAAUUUAAGACCAACUGCGUUGUCUUACAGUUACAUUGUUAAAAAAGGGAUUUUCUCGAAUUGAUUGUGUUAUUAGACGUGUAAUCAUGGCGUAUAAACUAUCCGAAGGUGCGCUUGAGGUGAUCAUGAAUGGAGGACAUUAUGAUAAACCAGUAAUGCAAGUAUUAGGCAGUAAGAAGAUCCAGGGUAGUGGUGCUAAUGAAAGAUUCCGUCUUCUGGUAUCAGAUGGGAAAUAUUCACACAGCUUUGCUAUGCUCGCAACACAGUUGAAUGAUAAAUUGAUUACUGGAGAGUUGUCGGAUUACUCUGUAGUACAGAUUGAUAGAUUUGUCACUUCUCUGUUAAAGAAUACUGGCAAAGGAGAGAAAAGAGUAAUGAUAAUCUUAGACAUCACAAUCUUAGCACCGGGCACUACAGUAGGCAAGAAACUGGGCAAUCCUCAAACUUGGUCUGAGGAAUCUGCAUCAACAUCAUCAGCUCCUGCACCAAAACCAACUCCCUCGCCAUCUCCUAUGGCUCGUCCUCAGCCCACACUUGGCCCUGGAUUAGACUCUAGUUUAAUUUCCUCUCAAAUGACUCAUCCUAUUGCUAGUUUGAGUCCUUAUCAGAACAAAUGGAUAGUAAAAGCCCGUGUGAUGACAAAAUCUGGUAUCCGUACAUGGAGCAAUGCCAGGGGGGAAGGCAAGUUGUUCAGCAUGGACCUAUGCGAUGAGAGUGGCGAGAUCAGAGCUACAGCCUUUAAAAAUGAGUGUGAUAAGUUCUACGAUAUGAUACAGGUGGACAAAGUGUACUACAUAAGUCGUUGCCAAUUAAAAACAGCUAACAAGCAAUUCACCACUCUGAAGAACGAUUACGAAAUGACAUUCACUCCAGACACAGUCGUGGCGGAGUGCACGGAAGACACGGGUUCCAUGCCCACUAUCAAAUACGACUUUGUGCCAAUUACCGAUAUUGCCAACAAGACCCCUGACACUCUGCUUGAUGUAAUCGGCGUGUGCAAUUCGUCGGCGAACAUCCAAGAGUUGACUGCUCGCAGCACUGGCAGGUUACUGAAGAAGAGAGAAGUCACCCUUGUCGACUCUUCUGGAGGCGCUAUUGUUCUAACACUAUGGGGGAACGAGGCUGAGAGCUUCGAAGGAUCCUCCAACCCUGUGGUUUGCGCCAAGGGCGCUCGUCUAACAGAGUUCAAUGGCAGCAAAUCCCUGUCGACGACUCAAAGCACCAUGUUACGUCUGAACCCCGAUCUUCCCGAAGCGCAUAAGUUGCGAGGCUGGUAUGACAACGGCGGUGCUAACAUGGAGAUCGUCAACAUUUCCGCCAGAGCGGGCGGCUUCACCGGCGGCAGCAACGAAUGGAUAACAUUUGCCGAAGCGGAAGCGAGACAACUCGGUUCUGGCGAAAAAGGCGACUAUUACAACCUCGUAGGCGUCCUCACGUUCACCUUCGCCGACAACGCGGUGUACAAGGCCUGCCCACAAGACCAGUGUAAUAAGAAACUUGUGGAUCAAGAAAAUGGUUUGUUCCGCUGCGAGAAAUGUAAUAGAGAGUACCCGAACUUCAAGUACCGAUUGCUGUUAGGGGCUAAUGUAUCCGACCCUACGGGCGACCAGCGCAUCACUGCAUUUAACGAGGCGGCCGAGGCGAUGCUGGGAAAGACCGCAGAGGACAUUGGCAAGAUGCAAGAGUAUGACAAAACGGGCUACGCUCAGGUCUUCGAGGAUGUCAAGUUCAAGACUUUCCUCUUCAAGUUUAGGACUAAGAUGGAGACUUUCAGUGACGAAGCCAGAUUAAAAACAACCGUAAUGAACGCCCAGCCCGUGGACUACAAAGACGGAAACGCGCGCCUUAUAAAAAGCAUCAAAUCACUUACCGGUGUAGAAGUUUAAAAAAACCUCUUUUUAUAGAAGAUCAAGAUUUGAAAAAUAUGUUCGGUUUAUUGAAGUCAAAGAGCUGAAGACCCGUGUUGCCUUUUUUGUUAAACUUCAAUACUUUUUGAGCGAAAGUAGAUACUUAAUACUGUUCAUAAUAUAAAUUGAUUAAGUAAGGUUGUCUAAAGCAAAGCAAACCGAAUUAAGUUACUUAAACCUGAUUCCAUUUGUUUGUUUUAAUUAAACCCAAUUGGGACGGUGCCCCAAAACCUAAGUGAAACACUGCCGUGCUUACGAUAAGACUAGUAAGUCUAUAUGUACCUAUUUCAAAUAUACUUACUGUUAAUUUUGUAAGCACAGCACAAUACAGUUGUGAUCAUGAUAGGUAUUCCAUUAAUAAUGUUUGUAUUUUAGAUUUAAAUUAUGCGAGUGUAUUUUCUGUUGUAUAAAAAAGGCAGUCUAA